AAAAAAAAUGGGAGCUACGAAACUUUCCGGGAUGCAAAAGCAAGUCCUGAGUCUCUACAGGGGAUUUCUAAGAGCAGCUCGUUCAAAGACAACAGAAGACAGGAGGAGAAUAGAGAUGAUCGUGUCAACAGAAUUCCACAAGAACUCAAAGGAGGUUGACCGCAAGAAUUUCCAGUACAUUGAGUAUUUGCUUCGGCUUGGUACUAAACAACUCGAUCAACUCAAAAACCCUGAUAUGGUUAGCAUCUCCUCUAUCAAGGUCGUUACAUCUAAAACCUGACCAUUUUAUGUAGUCUCAGCCUAAGCAUACUACUCAAGAUAUUGUUAUAUAGAAUCAUAGAUAACAAAGAGAGGAAAUUGAUUCGUUUUCUUCAAUUUGUAACACUGGUUAAUAUGUACGAGAUGAUGCAUAAUUUGUACGGCUGUUCAAGAGCUAUUAUAAAUAAAAGGAAUUCUGAUCA